AUGAAAAAGAAAAAUGAUUCUAAGGUGACAGAAUUUGUUCUUCUGGGCUUAUCAUCCUCCUGGGAGCUGCAGCUUUUUCUCUUCUUUUUAUUUUUGUUUCUUUACAUUGCUAUUGUCCUCGGAAACCUCUUGAUAGUGGUAAUGGUGAGAGCUGAUGCUUGCCUGCUCCAGUCUCCUAUGUAUUAUUUUCUGGGCCAUCUCUCUUUCAUUGACUUAUGCCUGAGUUGUGUUACUGUACCUAAGAUGUUAGGGGAUUUCCUACAGCAGGGCAAGCUCAUCUCUUUUUCAGGAUGCCUGGCCCAGAUCUACUUCCUCCACUUUCUGGGAGCCAGUGAGAUGUUUCUGCUGACAGUCAUGGCCUAUGAUAGGUAUGUUGCCAUAUGUAACCCCUUGCAUUACCUGACAGUCAUGAGUCGCCAGCUAUGUCUUCAGUUAAUUCUUGCCUGCUGGUGUGGGGGUCUCAUCCACUCUAUCACACAGGUCCUGUUGGUUAUCCAGCUGCCUUUCUGUGGCCCCAAUGAACUAGACAACUUCUACUGUGAUGUCCCACAGAUCAUCAAGCUGGCCUGCAUGGAUACCUAUGCAGUUGAACUGCUGAUGGUUGCCAACAGCGGUCUACUGUCUCUCAUCUGCUUCUUGGUCCUGAUUUUGUCUUAUGCCAUCAUCCUAAUCACCUUGAGAACUCGCUUCCGCCAGGGACAGUACAAAGUCCUCUCUACCUGUGCCUCCCACCUGACGGUGGUCAGCUUGAUUUUUGUGCCAUGUGUAUUCAUCUACUUGAGGCCUUUCUGCAGUUUUCCUGUAGAUAAGGUAGUCUCCGUGUUUUACACAGUGAUCACACCUAUGUUGAACCCUCUCAUUUACACACUCAGAAAUGCUGAUAUGAAGAGAGCUAUGAAGAAGCUGAAAAAAGCAUGUGGUAUUCUGUUGUCUUGUUGA